AUGAGCUCCCCCAACACUGAAAGCUCUGGGAAGAGCCUGCAGUACCGAGUGGACCAUCUCCUGAGUGCUGUGGAGAAUGAGCUUCAGGCUGGUAGCGAGAAGGGGGACCCCACAGAAAGCGCGCUGCGCGUCACGCUGGAGGAGAAUGAACUCUGGCUCCGCUUCAAGGAACUCACCAACGAGAUGAUCGUUACCAAGAACGGCAGGAGAAUGUUCCCGGUGCUGAAGGUAAAUGUAUCUGGCCUGGAUCCCAACGCUAUGUACUCUUUUCUACUGGACUUUGUGGCUGCAGACAAUCACCGAUGGAAGUAUGUAAAUGGAGAGUGGGUGCCGGGGGGCAAACCAGAACCACAGGCCCCAAGCUGUGUCUACAUUCACCCAGAUUCCCCAAACUUUGGAGCUCACUGGAUGAAGGCACCUGUCUCCUUCAGCAAAGUCAAACUCACCAACAAACUCAAUGGAGGGGGGCAGAUCAUGCUGAACUCCUUACACAAGUAUGAGCCCCGAAUCCACAUAGUGAGAGUUGGUGGGCCCCAGCGCAUGAUAACUAGCCACUCCUUUCCUGAGACCCAGUUUAUAGCAGUUACUGCAUACCAGAAUGAGGAGAUCACAGCUCUUAAAAUUAAAUACAAUCCAUUUGCAAAGGCUUUCCUUGAUGCAAAGGAAAGAAGUGACCACAAAGAUAUGCUGGAAGAAUCAGGAGACAAUCAACAGACUGGAUACUCACAACGAGGGUGGCUUCUUCCUGGAACUGGUACCCUUUGUCCACCUGCCAAUCCCCAUGCUCAGUUUGGCUCUCCUUUAGCACUCUCUUCUACACAUGGCUGUGAACGGUACCCCACACUGAGGAACCACCGAUCAUCUCCCUAUCCCAAUCCAUAUACUCACCGGAACAACUCUCCAACCUAUUCUGACAAUUCUUCUGCCUGUCUGUCCAUGCUUCAAUCCCAUGACAACUGGUCCAGUCUUGGAAUGCCCACCCACACCAGUAUGCUACCCAUGAGUCAUAACACUGGCACAUCUCCAGGUUCUAGUCAGUAUCCUAACUUGUGGUCAGUGAGUAACAGCACGAUCACACCAGUGGCUCAGUCAGCAGGGAUGUCCAAUGGGCUGGGCGCUCAGUUUUUGCGGGGCUCCACUGCACACUACCCGCCCCUGCCCCAUGCGGUUUCAGCCUCCUCUUCCUCUGGAUCUCCGCUGUACGAAGGCAGUGUCUCAGCCACAGAUAUCCCUGACAGCCAGUAUGAUGCUUCAGCACAUGCCCGCCUCGCAGCUUCGUGGACACCUGUAUCACCACCUUCCAUGUAA